CAAAAGAGCUUAGGACCGGCACGUAUAUUACCUGAAAACUCAUCCCUCUCUCUCUGAGUCCUUCUUCUUCAUUUUCUCACAAACCGUCUCUCUCUCUCUCCUUCUCGAGUCUCUUGCUUCUUCUAUCCUCUCUCCCUCUCUCUCUCGGUAGAUCGAUCUCUGGGAUUUGAAGAACCUUUGUUCGAUUUGGAAUUUUGAGAUCGUGCUUCCCUCUUUUUCAUGUUGAGUCGGUUCGUUUCUCGGAUCUCGAUGAUCCUCGAUUUUCUCAAUCAAACUUGAAACCUUUCCAAUUUUUUUCCCAUCUCCUAGCUUAAUUUCUUUUCGCCGCCAUGUUCGAAGCUCAUGUACUGCAUCUGCUUCGGAGGUAUUUGGGUGAAUAUGUGCAUGGACUCUCGACAGAGGCUCUGAGAAUUAGUGUCUGGAAAGGUGAUGUUGUUCUUAAAGAUUUGAAAUUAAAGGCAGAGGCUUUGAAUUCACUGAAACUUCCGGUAGCUGUCAAAUCCGGUUUUGUUGGAACCAUCACUUUGAAGGUCCCUUGGAAAAGUUUGGGGAAAGAGCCAGUCAUUGUUCUAAUCGACCGUGUCUUCGUCCUUGCUUAUCCUGCCCCUGAUGACCGAACACUUAAGGAGGAAGACAGGGAAAAGCUUCUAGAAACCAAGCUUCAGCAGAUUGAGGAAGCAGAAACAGCAACUCUUGACGCAAGGGCAAAAUCGAAGCUGGGAAGUCCUCCACCAGGAAAUUCAUGGAUAGGUUCGAUUAUUGCUACUAUUAUUGGUAAUCUGAAAGUUUCCAUCAGCAAUGUACAUAUUAGAUACGAGGAUUCUACCAGUAAUCCAGGGCACCCCUUUGCUGCGGGCAUCACCUUGGCCAAGCUCGCAGCUGUUACAAUGGAUGAAGAAGGAAAUGAGACCUUUGACACAAGUGGCGCUUUGGAUAAACUUCGUAAGUCAUUGCAGCUUGAAAGACUUGCUCUGUAUCAUGAUUCUAAUAGCUUUCCCUGGGAAAUAGAGAAGCAGUGGGAUGAUAUUACUCCUGCAGAAUGGGUUGAGAUGUUUGAAGAUGGCAUAAAGGCGCAGACGGAGCAAAAAAUAAAGUCGAAAUGGGCCUUAAAUCGUCACUAUUUAUUGUCCCCUAUCAAUGGAUCUCUUAAAUAUCACCGGUUAGGCAACCAGGAGAGAAAUAAUCCGGAGAUUCCAUUUGAAAGGGCAUCAGUUAUCCUUAAUGAUGUUAACGUGACUAUCACAGAGGAGCAAUAUCAUGAUUGGAUAAAGCUGGUUGAAGUUGUUUCCAGAUACAAAACAUAUAUAGAGAUUUCACAUUUAAGGCCCAUGGUUCCUGUUUCAGAGGCUCCACGUUUGUGGUGGCGGUUUGCUGCUCAAGCUAGUUUGCAACAAAAGAGAUUAUGUUAUCGAUUUUCUUGGGAUAGCAUCCACCAUCUUUGCCAGUUACGUCGGCGCUAUAUUCAGCUGUAUGCCAAUUUUCUGCAGCAGUCAUCAGAUGCUAAUUACCCAGAGAUGAGAGAAAUCGAAAAGGACCUUGAUUCCAAAGUGAUUCUUUUAUGGAGGUUGCUUGCACAUGCAAAGGUAGAAUCUGUAAAGUCAAAAGAAGCAGCUGAGCAGAGAAAGCUGAAAAAGGGUGGCUGGUUCUCAUUCAAAUGGCGGACAGAAGCUGAAGAUGAUCCUGACGUCGAUAGUGUGGCUGAUGGAUCAAAAUUGACGGAGGAAGGAUUGACUAAAGAAGAGUGGAAGUCCAUAAAUAAGUUACUGAGUCAUCAGCCAGAUGAAGAGAUGAGUUUGUAUUCAGGAAAAGACAUGCAGAAUAUGACUCACUUUCUUGUAACGGUAUCAAUUGGUCAAGGUGCGGCUAGGAUUGUUGAUAUAAAUCAGACUGAGGUGCUGUGUGGUAGGUUUGAGCAGCUCGAUGUGACGACCAAGUUCAGAUAUCGAAGUACUCAGUGUGAUGUAUCACUGAGGUUCUAUGGCUUAUCUGCACCAGAAGGUUCCCUAGCGCAGAGUGUAUCCAGUGAGAGAAAGACAAAUGCCUUGAUGGCUAGUUUUGUGAACGCACCUAUUGGAGAGAACAUUGAUUGGAGGCUAUCAGCCACAAUAUCCCCUUGUCAUGCUACGAUCUGGACUGAAAGUUAUGAUCGUGUAUUGGAGUUUGUGAAGCGAAGUAAUGCAGUUAGCCCUACUGUUGCACUGGAAACUGCUGCUGUACUUCAGAUGAAACUAGAGGAAGUGACUCGACGGGCUCAAGAGCAACUUCAAAUAGUAUUGGAGGAGCAAAGCAGAUUUGCUCUCGACAUUGAUCUUGAUGCUCCGAAGGUGAGAAUUCCUUUGAGAGCUUCAGGAUCGUCCAAGUGCAGUAGCCAUUUCCUAUUGGAUUUUGGUAAUUUCACGUUAACCACCAUGGAUACUCGGUCUGAGGAGCAAAGGCAAAACUUAUAUUCCCGGUUCUGCAUUUCGGGAAGAGAUAUUGCUGCUUUCUUUACAGACUGUGGAUCUGACAACCAAGGAUGCAGUUUACUCAUGGAAGAUUUCACUAAUCAGCCAAUUUUGUCUCCCAUUCUAGAGAAAGCGGACAAUGUUUAUUCCCUUAUUGAUAGGUGUGGAAUGGCAGUUAUUGUUGAUCAGAUCAAAGUACCUCACCCAAGUUACCCAUCCACUAGAAUUUCCAUCCAAGUGCCAAAUAUUGGUGUUCAUUUCUCGCCAACAAGAUAUAUGAGGAUCAUGCAAUUGUUCGACAUCUUGUAUGGUGCUAUGAAAACCUACAGUCAAGCUCCUGUUGAUCAUAUCCCAGAUGGAAUCCAACCUUGGAGUCCUGCAGAUCUUGCUAGUGAUGCUAGAAUAUUAGUUUGGAAGGGAAUUGGCAACUCUAUUGCUACUUGGCAAUCUUGUCGCCUUGUUCUAUCUGGUUUAUAUCUGUAUACAUUGGAAUCAGAGAAGUCACUUGAUUAUCAACGUUAUUUAUGCAUGGCUGGUAGGCAAGUGUUCGAGGUUCCACCUGCAAAUGUUGGUGGUUCCCCAUACUGUCUUGCUGUCGGUAUAAGGGGAACAGAUCUUAAAAAGGCCCUGGAAUCUUCUAGCACUUGGAUCAUAGAAUUUCAGGGGGAGGAGAAGGCAGCUUGGCUGAGAGGUUUGGUCCAAGCCACCUAUCAAGCUUCUGCACCUCUGUCGGGGGAUAUACUUGGUCAAACGAGUGAUGGUGACUUCCAUGAACCUCAGACCAGGAAUAUGAAAGCUGCUGAUCUAGUUAUUACUGGUGCUUUGGUUGAGACGAAUUUGUACUUGUAUGGAAAGAUAAAAGUUGAAUGUGAUGAGCAGGUUGAAGAGGUUCUGCUUCUUAAGGUUCUUGCUUCCGGAGGAAAGGUGCACGUGAUAAGUUCCGAGAGUGGUUUAACUGUUAGGACAAAGUUGCACUCUCUGAAAAUCAAAGAUGAACUUCAGCAGCAGCAGUCAGGAAGUGCUCAGUAUUUGGCGUACUCUGUUCUGAAGAACGAAGACAUUCAAGAAUCAUUAGAAACAUGGGAUUCUUUUGACAAGGAGAUGCCUGUAGGACAUGCAGAUGAUGAAGAUGCCUACACUGAUGCUUUGCCAGAGUUUCUGUCUCCUACAGAACCAGGUACUCCGGAUAUGGAUAUGAUUCAAUGCAGCAUGAUGAUGGACUCCGAUGAACAUGUGGGACUUGAGGAUGCUGAAGGAAUAGUUCAUGAAAAAGAUACAACUCAGGGAAAAGUUCUUUGCGAUGAGGUCUUCUAUGAGGUGCAGGGUGGGGAAUUUUCUGAUUUUGUAUCAGUUGUUUUCUUGACGAGGAGCUCCAGUUCCCACGAUUAUAAUGGAAUCGACACACAGAUGAGCAUUCGCAUGUCAAAACUGGAGUUCUUUUGUAGCAGACCAACUUUAGUUGCUCUAAUUGGUUUUGGAUUUGACUUGAGCACGGCAUCAUACAUUGAAAAUGCUAAAGACGCCAACAAUUCGGCAUCUGAGAAAUCUGAUAGUGAGAAAGAAACAAAUGAUGAAAGUGGACGCAUUGAAGGCUUACUUGGAUAUGGCAAGGAACGUGUUGUGUUUUACCUGAACAUGAAUGUUGAUAAUGUGACUGUGUUUCUUAACAAGGAGGAUGGUUCUCAGCUUGCGAUGUUUGUGCAGGAACGAUUUGUGUUGGACAUUAAGGUUCACCCGAGCUCUCUUUCGAUAGAAGGGACUCUGGGAAAUUUCAAACUCUGUGACAAGUCGUUGGAAUCUGGAAACUGUUGGAGUUGGCUCUGUGACAUACGUGAUCCUGGUGUUGAGUCUCUCAUCAAGUUCAAAUUCAGUUCCUACAGUGCUGGAGAUGACGACUAUGAAGGAUAUGAUUAUAGCUUAACUGGUAAACUAUCGGCUGUUCGUAUUGUAUUCCUCUACAGAUUUGUUCAAGAGGUCACAGCGUACUUCAUGGGACUUGCCACUCCUCAUACUGAAGAAGUCAUUAAACUUGUUGACAAAGUUGGAGGAUUUGAGUGGCUAAUCCAGAAAGAUGAAAUGGAUGGUGCUACUGCGCUGAAACUGGACCUUUCAUUAGACACUCCAAUAAUUGUUGUCCCUAGAGAUUCUCUUAGCAAAGAUUACAUUCAACUUGACCUUGGUCAGCUGGAGGUAUCAAAUGAUAUAAGUUGGCAUGGGUGUCCGGAGAAAGACCCAAGUGCUGUACGUGUAGAUGUUCUUCAUGCGAAGAUUCUUGGCCUAAAUAUGUCAGUGGGCAUAAAUGGUUCAAUUGGUAAACCAAUGAUACGUGAAGGCCAGGGACUGGACAUCUUUGUCCGGCGCAGCCUAAGAGAUGUUUUUAAAAAAGUCCCAACAGUUUCAGUUGAGGUUAAGAUUGAUUUCUUGCAUGCUGUGAUAUCUGACAAAGAAUAUGAUAUUAUUGUAAGUUGCACAACCAUGAAUUUGUUUGAGGAGCCAAGGCUCCCUCCAGAUUUCCGUGGCAGCAGUUCUGGUCCCAAAGCUAAAAUGCGUCUACUGGCUGACAAAGUUAACUUGAAUAGUCAGAUGAUAAUGUCACGUACAGUUACCAUACUGGCUGUUGAUAUCAAUUAUGCUCUUCUCGAGUUACGUAAUAGUGUUAAUGAAGAGUCACCAUUAGCUCAUGUUGCGCUUGAUAUCCGUCCUAACACGAAGCCUGAAAUGCGAUUGAUGCUCGGCUCAUCAGUCGAUGCUUCCAAGCAAGCUUCCUCUGGAUCUUUUCCCUUUUCUUUGAAUAAGGGAAGCUUUAAGCGAGUCAACUCUAGGGCUGAUCUUGAUUUUGACGCACCAUGUUCAACAAUGUUGCUGAUGGAUUAUAGAUGGCGAGCAUCCUCUCAGUCAUGUGUUUUGCGGGUUCAACAACCUCGUAUCCUAGCUGUUCCUGACUUCCUUCUUGCGGUUGGUGAAUUUUUUGUUCCAGCUUUGCGUGCAAUAACAGGAAGAGACGAAACAUUAGAUCCAACAAAUGAUCCAAUCACCCGAAGUCGUGGCAUAAUUCUCUCUGAGCCUCUUUAUAAACAGACGGAAGAUGUUGUGUACUUGUCCCCGUGUAGACAGUUAGUAGCAGACUCAUUAGGCAUUGAUGAGUAUACUUAUGACGGAUGCGGAAAGGUAGUAUCUUUGAGUGAGCAAGGAGAGAAGAAUUUAAACAUAGGAAGAUUAGAACCCAUCAUAAUUGUUGGACAUGGAAAGAGGUUGCGGUUCAUCAAUGUGAAAAUUAAGAAUGGACCGCUUCUGAGCAAGUGCAUUUACUUGAGUAACGAUAGUAGCUGUUUAUUUUCUCCGGAAGAUGGUGUUGACAUCUCAAUGUUAGAAAACGCCUCAUCAAAUCUUGAGAAUGUGCUUAGCCAUGUGCACAAAUCAUCAGAUGUUUCAGACGCUUGUCAAUAUGAUUCGAAGUCUGGUCAGAGUUAUACCUUUGAAGCUCAGGUUGUUUCUCCUGAGUUCACCUUCUUUGAUGGUACAAAAUCAUCUCUGGAUGACUCCACUGCUGUAGAAAAGCUUUUGCGAGUUAAAUUGGAUUUUAAUUUUAUGUAUGCCUCAAAAGAAAAUGACAUCUGGGUUCGAGCUUUGCUGAAGAACCUGGUGGUUGAAACUGGUUCUGGUCUUAUCAUUCUUGAUCCAGUUGAUAUCUCCGGGGGAUACACUUCUGUCAAAGAGAAAACAAAUAUGUCCUUAACCUCCACUGACAUAUACAUGCACCUUUCUUUUAGUGCUCUUUCUCUCCUACUGAACCUGCAGAGCCAAGUAACUGGGGCUUUACAAUCUGGAAAUGCUAUUCCUUUAGCUUCAUGCACCAACUUCCACAGGAUUUGGGUUUCACCGAAAGAAAAUGGACCGAGGAACAACCUCACAAUUUGGAGACCGCAGGCUCCUUCAAACUAUGUCAUAUUGGGAGACUGUGUGACGUCAAGGGCAAUUCCUCCUACACAAGCUGUACUGGCAGUAAGUAAUACAUACGGGCGUGUGAGGAAGCCAAUUGGGUUUAAUUGUAUUGGCCUGUUCUCUGUUAUUCAAGGUUUAGAAGGGGCUAAUGUUCCUCAUUCCCGUGAUAGCAAUGAGUGUUCCCUCUGGAUGCCUGUAGCUCCUGCAGGAUACACUGCUAUGGGUUGUGUUGCAAAUUUAGGAAGUGAGCCACCAGCUGAUCACAUUGUUUAUUGUCUGAGGUCUGACCUUGUAUCUUCCAGCAGUUUCUCUGAGUGCAUAUACACUGUGCCCUCCAGUUCAUUAUUUGAGUCUGGAUUGAGCAUGUGGCGUGCUGAUAAUGUUCUUGGAUCAUUCUAUGCUCACACUUCAACUGCAGAACCUUCUAGACAAUAUAGCCCUGGCCUCAGUCAUUGUCUUCUUUGGAAUCCCCUUCAGUCGAAGACAUCUCCAUUAUCUGACCAAUCAUCGACAAGUGGAUCUCAGAGCGAGCAAACAAGCGACCAGACUGGAAGUUCAUCGGGAUGGGACAUUCUCAGGUCAAUUUCUAAGGCAACUAGUUAUCAUGUUUCAACGCCUAACUUUGAGAGAAUCUGGUGGGACAAGGGUGGUGAUCUUCGUAGACCUGUCUCAAUAUGGAGGCCUGUACCACGUCCUGGAUUUGCAAUAUUGGGUGAUAGCAUAACUGAAGGAUUGGAGCCACCUGCACUUGGUAUACUCUUCAAAGCAGAUGACUCUGAGAUUGCUGCAAAACCUGUGCAGUUCACUAAAGUCGCACAUAUUGUGGGGAAAGGUUUUGAUGAAGUUUUUUGCUGGUUUCCUGUUGCACCUCCUGGUUAUGUUUCUCUAGGAUGUGUUCUCUCUAAAUUUGAUGAGGCCCCACGUGUGGAUUCGUUUUGUUGUCCACGGAUUGAUCUUGUUAACCAGGCCAACAUAUAUGAAGCCUCUGUCACGAGAUCUUCAAGUUCAAAGUCUUCUCAAUGCUGGAGCAUUUGGAAAGUUGACAAUCAGGCAUGCACUUUUCUUGCGCGUGCUGAUCUUAAAAGGCCUCCAAGUCGGUUGGCUUUCGCUGUUGGAGAAUCGGUGAAGCCGAAGACACAGGAUAAUGUAAAUGCGGAAAUUAAGCUGAGAUGCUUCUCCAUGACACUUCUAGAUGGUUUACAUGGAAUGAUGACUCCUCUCUUUGACACAACUGUCACCAAUAUCAAACUAGCAACUCAUGGUCGUCCUGAGGCCAUGAAUGCAGUACUCAUUUCAUCAAUCGCUGCUUCAACAUUUAACCCGCAGUUGGAAGCGUGGGAGCCGCUUAUAGAGCCAUUUGAUGGAAUAUUCAAGAUGGAAACAUAUGAUACUGCUUUGAACCAAUCAUCAAAGCCAGGAAAACGACUGCGAAUUGCUGCUACUAACAUUUUGAACAUAAAUGUUAGUGCUGCAAACCUUGAAACUCUUGGCGAUGCUGUUGUGUCCUGGAGAAGGCAAUUAGAACUUGAAGAAAGAGCGGCCAAAAUGAAAGAAGAAUCCGCCGUCUCUCGUGAGAGUGGGGUUCUUUCAGCUUUUUCAGCUCUUGACGAAGAUGAUUUUCAGACCAUUGUGGUAGAGAAUAAACUCGGCCGUGACAUAUAUCUGAAAAAGUUGGAGGAGAACUCAGAUGUAGUUGUAAAAUUGUGUCACGACGAAAACACUUCUGUCUGGGUUCCACCGCCAAGGUUCUCCAAUAGGUUAAAUGUUGCAGACAGUUCUAGAGAAGCACGCAAUUACAUGACUGUACAGAUUCUUGAGGCUAAGGGUUUACAUAUCAUAGAUGAUGGUAAUAGUCACAAUUUCUUUUGCACCCUACGCCUCGUUGUUGAUAGUCAGGGUGCAGAACCACAAAAACUUUUUCCUCAAAGUGCUAGGACAAAGUGCGUGAAGCCUUCAACUACAAUUGUCAACGACUUGAUGGAGUGCACUUCCAAGUGGAAUGAACUUUUUAUUUUUGAAAUUCCUAGGAAGGGAUUGGCCAGGUUGGAGGUGGAGGUGACAAACCUUGCUGCGAAAGCUGGAAAAGGGGAGGUCGUCGGGUCGCUUUCGUUUCCUGUUGGACAUGGGGAGAGUACGCUUAGAAAGAUAGCUUCAGUAAGGAUGCUACAUCAUUCAAGUGAUGCAGAGAAUAUAAGUUCCUAUACCCUUCAGAGAAAGAAUGCUGAAGAUAAACAUGACAAUGGGUGCUUGCUUAUCUCAACAUCUUACUUUGAGAAGACUACAAUACCCAACACACUAAGAAAUAUAGAAAGUAAGGAUUUUGUUGACGGAGACACUGGUUUCUGGAUUGGAGUUCGCCCUGAUGACUCAUGGCAUAGCGUUCGCUCGCUGCUUCCGCUUGGUAUUGCUCCGAAAUCCCUACAAAAUGAUUUUAUUGCAAUGGAGGUUUCUAUGAGAAAUGGAAGAAAGCACGCAACAUUCAGAUGUUUAGCUACAGUUGUAAAUGAUUCAGAUGUCAAUUUAGAGAUAUCCAUAUCUUCUGAUCAGAAUGUCUCUUCGGGAGCAAGCAAUCAUAAUGCAUUGAUUGCUGCAAGAUCUUCAUAUGUUUUACCAUGGGGAUGUUUAUCAAAGGAUAAUGAAAAGUGCCUCCAUGUCCGACCAAGGUCUCAUCUUUUAGCUUCGGAAGAUUCUGAGUUUCAUGUGAUUGUUGAGCUUGCUGAACUUGGAAUCUCUGUAGUCGAUCAUGCUCCUGAGGAAAUACUGUACAUGUCAGUGCAAAACCUCUUUGUGGCAUAUUCAACCGGCUUGGGCUCUGGACUUAGCAGCUAUUCUGAAAUGACCAUAAUGAUUUUCGAUGAAUGUGGCUGCCGUCUCUAUGCAUUCAGGGGGGCUGCACCAAAGACUAUAAGGUUCUUUGUCCCAUACUGGAUUGCAAAUGAUUCGUAUCUUCCUCUAGGCUAUAGAGUAGUGGAGAUUGAACCUUCAGAAAAUGUGGAAGCUGGCUCUCCCUGUCUAUCUAGGGCUUCCAAAUCUUUUAAGAAAAAUCCAGUUUUUUCGAUGGAGAGGAGACAACAAAAGAAAAAUGUCCGAGUGCUUGAGGUUAUUGAGGAUACUAGUCCAAUGCCUAGUAUGCUUUCUCCACAAGAAUCUGCUGGCCGGAGUGGCGUUGUGCUGUUUCCGUCUCAGAAGGAUUCUUAUGUUUCCCCGCGAAUUGGUAUUGCUAUUGCAGCUCGGGAUUCUGAUAUUUACAGUACUGGAAUUUCUCUUCUUGAGCUUGAGAAGAAGGAACGCAUAGAUGUAAAGGCAUUCUGCAAAGACGCCUCAUACUACAUGCUCUCAGCAGUAUUAAAUAUGACAUCUGACAGAACAAAGGUUAUUCAUCUCCAGCCACACACCUUAUUCAUCAACAGGGUGGGCAUGAGCAUCUGUAUUCAACAGUGCGAUUGUCAGACAGAAGAAUGGAUUAAUCCUUCUGAUCCUCCGAAACUCUUUGGAUGGCAGUCUUCCACCCGGCUUGAGUUGCUGAAAUUACGAGUGAAGGGAUAUAGAUGGAGCACGCCAUUCAGUGUCUUUAGCGAAGGCAUAAUGCGUGUCCCUGUUUCAAGAGAAGAUGGGACUGAUCAAUUGCAGCUAAGAGUACAAGUCAGAAGCGGGACAAAGAACUCACGUUAUGAAGUUAUUUUCAGACCUAACUCUAUCUCUGGCCCUUACAGGAUCGAGAACCGUUCCAUGUUUCUUCCUAUUCGCUAUCGCCAAGUGGAUGGUGUCAACGAGUCUUGGCAAUUUGUUCCUCCUAACGCGGCUGCUUCGUUUUAUUGGGAAGAUCUUGGUAGACGACAUCUAUUUGAACUCCUUGUUGAUGGAAACGAUCCUUCUAAAUCAGAAAAAUACGAUAUUGAUAAGAUAGGUGAUCAUCCACCACGAAGUGAAAAUGGACCUACCAGACCCAUACGAGUUACUAUUUUAAAGGAGGACAAAAGGAAUAUUGUCAGGAUCAGUGACUGGAUGCCAGCAAUUGAGCCUACUUCAAGCAUAAGCAGAAGACUUCCAGCAUCAUCUCUGUCAGAAUUAUCUGGAAAUGAGUCUCAGCAGUCUCAUCUUUUAGCUUCGGAAGAUUCUGAGUUUCAUGUGAUUGUUGAGCUUGCUGAACUUGGAAUCUCUGUAAUCGAUCAUGCUCCUGAGGAAAUACUGUACAUGUCAGUGCAAAACCUCUUUGUGGCAUAUUCAACCGGCUUGGGCUCUGGACUUAGCAGGUUCAAACUAAGGAUGCAAGGAAUACAAGUUGAUAACCAAUUGCCAUUGGCUCCAAUGCCAGUUCUGUUCAGACCACAGAGAACUGGAGACAAAGCUGAUUACAUUCUGAAGUUUUCUGUUACUUUGCAAUCAAAUGCUGGUCUCGAUCUCCGUGCCUACCCGUAUAUAGGUUUCCAAGGACGUGAAAAUACUGCCUUUCUGGUAAACAUUCAUGAACCUAUUAUCUGGCGCAUUCAUGAGAUGAUCCAGCAAGCCAACUUGAGUAGACUAUCCGAUUCAAAGUCGACGGCUGUAUCAGUUGAUCCAUUCAUUCAGAUCGGAGUUCUUAACAUCUCGGAAGUUAAAUUUAAAGUAUCCAUGGCCAUGUCCCCCAGUCAAAGGCCAAGGGGAGUGCUUGGAUUUUGGUCAUCCCUGAUGACUGCUCUUGGGAAUACAGAAAACAUGCCAGUACGCAUAAGUGAGAGAUUUAAUGAGAACAUAUCCAUGCGCCAAAGUACUAUGAUCAAUAAUGCUAUUAGGAACGUAAAGAAAGAUCUCCUUGGCCAGCCUCUUCAGUUGCUUUCAGGUGUUGAUAUUCUUGGCAAUGCAAGCAGCGCACUUGGACAUAUGAGUCAGGGCAUAGCUGCAUUAUCAAUGGACAAAAAAUUCAUACAAAGUCGUCAGAGACAGGAGAACAAAGGUGUUGAGGACUUUGGCGAUAUUAUCAGAGAAGGAGGUGGAGCUUUUGCGAAAGGCCUGUUUAGAGGAGUCACAGGCAUAUUGACGAAGCCUCUUGAAGGUGCAAAGUCUUCAGGUGUCGAAGGCUUUGUCUCUGGUUUUGGGAAAGGAAUCAUUGGUGCUGCUGCCCAACCUGUGAGCGGAGUUCUGGAUCUUCUGUCAAAGACCACCGAAGGUGCAAAUGCCAUGAGGAUGAAGAUAGCAGCUGCCAUAACUUCAGAUGAACAACUGCUUCGUCGGAGACUUCCAAGAGCUGUUGGUGCUGAUAGCUUACUUCGUCCUUACAAUGAAUACAGAGCACAGGGACAGGUCAUAUUGCAGUUGGCAGAAUCUGGAUCAUUCCUGGGGCAGGUUGAUCUGUUUAAAGUACGUGGGAAGUUUGCACUAACAGAUGCCUAUGAAAGUCAUUUCAUUCUACCAAAGGGAAAAGUUCUGAUGAUCACACAUAGAAGAGUGAUAUUGCUACAACAACCCUCCAACAUAAUGGGUCAAAGGAAAUUUAUCCCGGCCAAAGAUGCGUGUUCUAUACAGUGGGACAUUCUAUGGAAUGAUCUGGGAACCAUGGAGCUGACUGACGGGAAAAAAGACCAACCUAACUCUCCACCCUCGCGGCUUAUUCUUUAUCUGAAAGCAAAGCCAUAUGAUUCGAAGGAACAAGUCCGUGUUGUAAAGUGCAGCCCCAACACCAAACAGGCCUUUGAUGUUUACUCAGCCAUCGAUCAAGCCAUUAACUUGUACGGGGAGGAUGCUUUAAAGGGAAUGGUGAAAAACAAAGUGACAAGGCCAUAUUCCCCAAUGUCUGAGAGUUCUUGGGCUGAAGGGGCAUCUCAACAAAUGCCAGCUUCAGUUACACCAUAUUCAACCUUUGGCACAAGCCCUUCUUCAAGCUCAAGUUAAAGCUCGUAGAAGCUGUCAGAAUCUUUGAGCUCUCUCACCUUCCAAUCUCCCCUUCUGGCCUCCCCGGUGGGCGAGAUGAAAAACACAGCUUUGGCGGAAAAAGGACAUUUCAUUUUGUUCAGAUUUUUCUGGUGUAGGAUUUUGGUAAUCAUAUCGUAGAAAAUAUUUAAGUGUGUAUAUAUGAUAAACGUCUGCAGAUCUGUGCUGGUACUGUACAGACUUGUCCAACACUAGACUCGUGUAUCACAUCAGAUGUAUACGGGGCUUACCUUAUAUAAUUUUAUUUAUUUUUUUACA